GCUGCUGCUGCUGGCGCUCUGCGCGCUCGGCUGGACCGCGCUGCGCUCGGCGGCCACUUCGCGCCUCUUUCGGCCCCUAGCCAAGCGGUGCCGCCUCCAGCCUAGAGAUGCCGCCAAGAUGCCUGAGAGUGCCUGGAAAUUUCUCUUCUACCUGGGCGCCUGGAGCUACAGCGCCUACCUGCUCUUCGGCACUGACUACCCCUUCUUUCACGACCCGCCCUCCGUCUUCUAUGACUGGAAGAUGGGGAUGGCAGUCCCACGGGAUAUCGCAGCCGCCUACCUACUACAGGGAAGCUUCUAUGGCCAUUCCAUCUACGCCACGCUGUACAUGGACGCCUGGCGCAAGGACUCUGUGGUCAUGCUCAUCCACCACGUGGUCACCUUGGUCCUCAUUGUCUCCUCCUAUGCUUUCCGGUACCACAAGGUGGGCAUCCUUGUGCUCUUCCUGCAUGACAUCAGUGAUGUGCAGCUGGAGUUCACCAAGCUCAAUAUCUACUUCAAGUCCCGCGGAGGAUCUCACCACCGGCUGCACGCGCUGGCCGCAGACCUGGGCUGCCUCAGCUUCAGCCUCAGCUGGUUCUGGUUCCGCCUCUACUGGUUCCCGCUCAAGGUCCUGUAUGCCACGAGCCACUGCAGCCUGCGUGCCGUGCCUGACAUCCCUUUCUACUUCUUCUUCAACGCACUCCUGCUCUUGCUCACCCUCAUGAACCUCUAUUGGUUCCUGUACAUCGUGGCUUUUGCUGCCAAGGUGCUGACAGGCCAGGUGCGCGAGGUGAAGGACGUGCGGGAAUACGAUACAGCAGAGGCCCUGAGCCCCAAGGCCGGCAAAGCUGAGAAGCCUCUGAGGAACGGCCUGGUUAAGGACAAGCGCUUCUGAACCCCUCGACCCCGGCCCCGCCGCCCAGGACCCAGCCCCAUCCAACUGCGCCCCCCGGGGACCGCCACGCUGCUCCCUCUCCUCGCGCCCCGGGACC